AUGGGAGGGGUGACGUGCGAGCUUUGCGUUUUUCGGUCUUUGUUGGUACGGCUUGUUAACACACCGGCGUUAGGGCUACCCCUCCUCCUCCUUUCCCCCUUCUCUCCCUCUCUCCCCUUUACGCUCUUUACGUAUUGAACUAUAGGGCAUGAACAUUCCUAGUUUGACGACUAGGCUGCGCGCCGCUGCCUUGAUUUGCUGAGCAAUUUGAUACUUCAAGUGUAUGUGUGUGAGAGAAGUAGGAGAGAGAGAGACUUCUUAGGCAGUGGGUCGGUAUGACUUAACUACGUGCACUGAAAGCUAGAAAUUAUUUUGCCGCUGCCUUCUCACUCGCUGCAUAGUUGCGAACCGCUGAGCGAGCCGAAAACGAGUUAUAUCAUUUUCUUUUUCUUGCACUUUACUCCCGUAUGUAAUGGAGGGACCCGUUCGGAUUUUCCACCGCAAGAAUGCGUUUUUUCUCCAGUUCGCCCGGCUGUCCACAGCUCCAGUCGUCCUGUGAGAGAGGUGUGUGUGGGCGGAGGGGGUGUGUGCAGGGUGCAGGGCUGAAGGUGCACCAUGGACUUCAGCUUGAGGGUCCUGUCCACUGUCCUGUACCUCUGCCAGGCCUUGCUUGUCUGCUGCUUAGCCGUACCCCUGUCCUUCCGCUCGGAGCCCCUGUCCACGGCACAGCGGCAGGGGGGCGCGGUUCACCUGCUGUGCUCGGCCCGCCCCCCCUCGGCGCGGCUGUCCUGGCGGUUCAUGGGGCGGGCCCUGGAGCCGGGCGCGGGGGCGGCGGCGGCGGCGGGCGUGAGGGUGAGGUCCGGCUCGCUCACCGUCCCCUCCCUGCAGCCGGACCAGGCGGGGCUGUACCAGUGUGUGGCGCAGACCGACGCCAGGGCCAUCGCCAGCAGACCCGCACGCGUCACCAUCGCCGCUAUCUCGGAGUUUGGCGAGUCCCGGAAGCGCUCCCUGGCCGUGGAGGAAGGCGGCACGGCGCUGGUAGAGUGCCGUCUGCCCCACAGCGACCCCCCCGCCCUGCCUCGGCUGCGGGUUCGAGGAGAGUGGCUGGAGCAGUCCGCAGAUGAAUAUUUAAUCCUCCCGUCCGGGAACCUUCAGAUAGUGUCCGUGUCCCCUCGGCACCAGGGGACGUAUAAGUGCGGCGCGUACAACCCCGUCACCAGGGAGGCCAAGGUGGAGGGUCACGGCACGAGGCUGAUUGUAAAACGUUCAGAUGGAUCCUCCCAGGUGCGGAUUGUGUUCCCCGUCACCCCGCAGACCCUCAACGUGGUACGGUCCAAGCCCUUAACCUUGGAGUGCGUCCUAGCAGGGCGUCCCAACCUCAUCGCCCGCUGGGUGAAAGACGGACAGGACGUGGUGUUGGGACCUAGCCACACGCUGGUGCACAACAACCUCCUGUUGACAUCUGUGAAGCAGAGCGAUGCUGGGAACUACAAAUGCUUGGUCCCGACAGAGAAGAGGGACGUGGUCAGCGCCAACUACACUGUGAACGUGCUCGAGCCUCCCUUCGUGUUGCGGGGGCUGUCGGAUCAGUCCGUCGCCUCCGGCUCCUCCACCCGAUUCGUCUGCGUGGCCAAGGGAAGCCCCGCCCCCAACAUCACCUGGCUCUUCAACGCCAACCCGGUCGUCCCCUCCGGCCGCCGCCAGGUCUCCGGCUCCUCCCUCCGCAUCGCCGCGGUGACGUCGCAGGAUCAGGGCGUGUACCAGUGCCUGCUGGACAACGGGAUUGGCUGGGCCCAGUCUGCCGGCACACUCACCGUCCAAUCAGGUCCAAGUUCCAGACCCGUCAUCCUGUCCCCACCUUUAAGCGGCAGUUUUCAGGAGGGGGACGACGUGUUCCUGUCCUGUAACGCCAGCGGCCAGCCCCUGCCGGUUAUCCGCUGGUACAACGCCGCCGGCCCCAUCGCCACGCAUCCCGCCCGCCUGCUCCAGCCCCCGCAGGCCGCAGCCAGGGCCCCCGGUGACAGCCCUCCCCACCUCACCAUGUCUCGGCCUGGGAGCAGCUCACUCUACAUCCAGGCUGUAACCCCGGCCCAUGCCGGGAAGUACAUUUGCGAAGCCUCCAACGAGCUGGGCUCCGUGAAGGCCGAGGCAGUCCUCACCGUUGAACCUGUGGAGAGCACCUCUGCGGGCACCUCGACGGACUCCACGCUGUCAAUACACCCGAUCCAGAAUGACGAGGGGGAGGAGCCGUUUUUACAAGAGGAGGAGCCGGGAGAGGGCCACGCCCUGCCCAGCGAGAGAACCAGCGACCUGCCCCCUCCCGAGGCGCCGAUCAUCACCAGCCCCCCCCAGACACACAAGCCCGACGUUUACGACCUGGAGUGGAGACCGGGGAGGGACUGGAGCAGUCCCAUCAACGCCUACUUCGUGAAAUACCGCAAGCUGGACGACGCGGGCAACGUGGCGGGAGGCUGGCACACGGUGCGCGUGCCGGGCAGCGAGAAGACGCUGCGCCUGUCGGAGCUGGAGCCCUCCAGCCUGUACGAGGUGCUGAUGGUGGCCCGCAGCUCAGCCGGCGAGGGACAGCCCGCCAUGCUCACCUUCCGCACGGGCAAGGAGAGGAUCUCCCCCAGCAAGAACCCCUCCAAGCCCCCGAUUUUGUCCCUCCCGGACAGCUCCAACACUCACUUUGGGGUGGUUGUGCACGACACCGUUCCAGAGGCCCCUGACCGGCCCACGAUCUCCAUGGCGACGGAGAGCUCGGUGUACGUCACGUGGAUUCCCCGGGCCAAUGGGGGCUCUCCCAUCACCGCCUUCCGCGUGGAGUACCGGCGGCAGGGCCGGAGCGCAGAGUGGGCCACCGCCGCCGACAACAUCUCCCCCCUCAAGCUGUCUGUGGAGGUGCGCAACCUGGAGCCAGGCUCCACGUACCGGUUCCGCGUCAUCGCAGUGAACAUGUACGGCGAGAGCCCCCACAGCACCCCCUCCAGGCCGUACCCGGUGUCCGCGGUCAGCCCGCCCUUCUCCAACCGCCCCGUGGCCGGCCCCCACAUCUCGUCCACGGACGCGGUCAGCGACACGCAGAUCAUGCUCCGGUGGACCUACACCCCCUCGAGUAACAACAACACCCCCAUCCAGGGAUUCUACAUCUACUACAGGCCCACGGACAGCGACAACGACAGCGACUACAAGAGGGACGUUGUGGAAGGCAUCAAGCAGUGGCAUCUGAUUGGCCAGCUCCAGCCAGAGACCUCCUACGACAUCAAGAUGCAGUGCUUCAACGACGGAGGAGAGAGCGAGUACAGCAACGUCAUGAUCUGCGAGACUAAAGCUCGCCUCGCUCCGGGCGCGCCCCCCCAGAGCCCGGUCACGCCCCCCGGGCCCUACCCGCCGGACCCCCCCUCGGCGCCGGGGGGCCUGCUGUACCUGAUCGUGGGCAGCGUUUUGGGCGUGAUGGUGCUCAUCCUGCUCGUCUUCAUCGCCAUGUGCCUGUGGAGGAACCGCCAGCAGAGCGGGCUGCACAGUGAGUCCCGGGAGUACGACCCCCCCGGGUACCUGUACCAGCCUGCGGAGAUGAACGGGCACGUCCUGGAGUACACCACCCUGCCGGGCACCAGCCGGGUCAACGGGGGGGUCCACGGCGGGUACGGGCACGGCGGUGGCGGCAUGGCGCCCCCCGGCUGCCCCCACCUGCACCACAAGCUGCCCAACGGCCUGGCGCUGCUCAACGGGACGGGCGGGCUCUACGCCCCCGCCCACAACCACGGCCACGACGGCGCCCUGCCCCACGCGGCCGUGGACUACGAGCACCCCCACCCGCACCCCCACCCUCACAACGGGGGUGGAAUGUACACUGCGUUACCCCAAUCAGAUCCCUCUGACUGUAUGAGCUGCCAGAACUUCUGCAACAAUAACAGGUGUUUCACAAAGGCCAACGCCAGUUUUUCGAACGGGAGCCUUCCCAUGAUGCACCGCGGAGCGCCCUGCCAGCCAGACGGGUUGGAGAUGGUGCCCCUGGGUCACGUGACCCCGCGCUGCCACACCCCCAGCGUCCAGCAGUGCGUGGGGGAGGAGUCUGCCAAGCAAGGGGAGGAGUCAGAAGAGGACAAAGCCCUGCCCCUUUCCCAGCAUUCCUGCUGUCAAGCAGGGGAAUGUCAGCACUACCAAUCAGAGGAAAGAGACGAGGAGCCGCCGCAGCAGGCAGGAGGAGGAGCAGGAGGAGCAGGAGGAGCGAGGGCGGAGGCGAGUCGUGACGGACUGAAGCGGCGGGGUGUCCGCUGGGAGCGGCUGAGUCUGUCGGACCUGGACUGUGCAAACCCAAAGCGGCCAUGA